AUUUCAUUAUUAUUUUUUCAUUACAUGAAAAUUCACUUUUCACACAUAAAAGCAUAAAAAAUCUCGACUUUCUCUGCGUCUAACUAAAAAAUUCACGGUUAUUCUUUAAUUUAACACAGUUAGAAGAUUGGUUUAUUUAGUUAGAACAUGUGCACAUUUAGAAGCAUAGUUAUUAGAACGCGACGAAUUAAGUAUUUGUCGUAUCCUCGUGAGCGCAUCGACUGGAGCAAACCAGAAUGGAGGUUAACCACAGCGCUGAAGCAUUACAGGCCAACCAAGCGUAUAAUUCAGCUGUCGAAGCCGGUCAAUCGUGGAAUCGGAGAGGUCUACACAGUCUCGAGCGAAAAGAAGCUAAAGAACACCAUAAGUUACGAACCUUCACAACGUCUACUUGAAUUGGCGAUACCGCCAGUGAAACCGCCGGACAAUAGAGAUAAACGAAAAAAUCCCUUUCGCAUACGACCGAAAGCAUUACGCGCCAAACCUACAGCUCGUCUGCUGGAGCUAGCUGAACCAAAGGAGCACGAUUCCUUUGCACCCCUUAACCCUUGGUCUAUAUCCAAAUCAGCACUAAGAGCUAAGGCGUCGCAAAGGAUCGAAAUGCUCUCCAAACCCAAAAAAUACAACUAAUAAACUAGAUAAAAUUUCUGUUUCAAAUCAUUCGUUAUUGAUCAGAGACGAUCGAACGGUAUGUCGCGUAGCUAAAUCUAUUUAAUAAUAAACUUUCGUAUUUAAAAAUUUAA